AUGAUAAAGAAGCGAAAAUUAAAAGUCGACAGUAGGAGUAAAAGAAUUCCUUUAGAAAAAGAAGAAGAGUUAAAAACUAAAAGCGAUGAUAAUAGUGGAGAAAAUGAGCAAGAGGAUAAACUAUUCAAAUUAGGAGCAUCAAAGAAUCUUAAAUUACUUCAAAAUAUAAGAUUGAAAAAGAAAGGAAUAAAUGCUGAAAACUUAAGUUAUGAAUCAAAAAUAUUAGAGAAAGAUGAAAAGGAAAAUAAAUUAUUGGAAAAACAAUUUACAAAAAACAUUACGGAAAAGGAAAUAGAAGAAGCGCAUAUAGAAUCUUUUAUUAAAAAUAAUAUGAAGGAAUUUUUUGAAGAAGAGGAACAUAAGAAAAAGAAAGGAGAAGAUGCAAAAGAAGAGUCAUAUAAAGAAGAGCAGAAACAAGAUCAGGGAAACACUAUCAACGAUUUGUAUAAAUUAUCAGACCAUUUAAAAGUUAAGAGUUCAAUUAACAACUCGGAAAAGUUAAAUUGUAUUACAGGAAUAACUGAAAUGCCUUUACCUUUAGAAAUAAAAUUGAAAAAUAUUGAAGAAAAUGAAAAAAUCAAAAGAAAACUUUUAAAAAAAGCAAAAUUUAUGAACACAAAAAAAUAA